UCUUCUUUGAAUUCUGAUACUUUGGAGGAUUUUAUGGCUUUAUCCUUUCUUUUUUUACUGCCGGAUUUGCUUGGGAUUUCCUUUUCAGACAUAGCGCGAGGUGCUCCAAGUGUUUCGACUCGAUCAGCUGCCGUUUCAAACGCCACGCAAACAGAUUCUAUUG